UUUAUCAAAUAAAAUAUAUUGUUUAUCUCUAAUCAUAAUCAUAAUGGGGAAGAAGAAGAAGAAAGACAUAAUACACUUGGAGAAGGAAUCUGUGAUUCCAAUUCUCAAGCACAAGCUCAUUGCUGCCUUAGCAAACCGCAUUAGUAUUGAACGUAGCAGAUCUGACGUUGAUGAGUUCCUGAAGCUCUGCCAGAGAGUUGAAUACACAAUUAGAGCUUGGUACCUUUUGCAAUUUGAAGAUCUCAUGCGAUUGUAUUCCUUCUUCGAGCCUAUUCAUGGUGCUAAAAAACUGGAGCAGCAGAAUCUCACUCCUGAAGAAAUUGAUGUUUUUGAACAGAAUUUCUUAGCCUCCUUAUUUCAGGUAAUGGAAAAGAGUAAUUUCAAAAUUGCAACCGAUGAGGAGAUUGAAGUCGCACUCUCUGCACAAUAUCGGCUUAAUCUACCAAUUGUGGUUAAUGAAAAUAAGCUUGACAAGAGGCUUUUUACGAGUUACUUUGCAGAGCAUCCUCAGGAUGACCUUCCAUGCUUCGCUGAUAAGUUCAUAAUCUUUCGACGCGGCUUUGGAAUUGAUCGUUUGAAUGGUUACUUUAUCACGCCGAAGAUAAAUACCAUCAUUUCCCGUUUCUGGAGAUGUUUUCUAAAAGUAACAGGGUUAAAAAGACUUUUCUUCAGAAAGCGAAAUGCGCAUAUUACCGAAGUUCCAAAAUCUAUUGAAAUCAGCAUGGAUAACAGUGAUGAAGGUUUAUAUGUUGAACGAAUCCGCAUCGAGAAAAUAAAACUCAGCGUAUCUAAUCUCCUGGGCAAGGUUACAAUCCAAGAACCUACAUUUGAUCGAAUAAUUGUUGUUUACAGGCGAGCGAGUGCUAAAAAAGAAAGAGCACGGAAUAUUUCUGUGAAGCAUUUUAAGAGUAUUCCAAUGGCUGAUAUGGAGAUAGUACUUCCAGAAAAGAAGAAUCCCGGUUUAACUCCAGUGGAUUGGGUUAAGUUCAUUGUUUCUGCUGUGAUUGGACUGAUUACUGUAAUUGGUUCGCUUAGCAAUCCUAAAGCUGACAUCCGGGUGAUUCUCGCUAUCCUGACAUCAGUGGUUGGUUACUGUGUUAAAACAUACUUCACAUUCCAGAAUAACUUGGUUUCGUAUCAGAGCCUAAUCACACAGUCUGUGUAUGAUAAACAACUGGACAGUGGAAGGGGUACUCUUCUUCACUUGUGUGAUGAUGUGAUUCAACAGGAAGUAAAAGAGGUGAUUGUUUCAUUCUUUAUCUUGAUGGUACAAGGAAAAGCCACUAGACAGGAACUUGACCAGCGUUGUGAAGAACUCAUUACUGAAGAAUUCAAUGAAAAAUGUAAUUUCGAUGUGGAUGAUGCACUCCAAAAGUUGCAGAAGUUAGGAAUUGUUGCUAAGGAUCCUGCCGGAAAGUACGCAUGCACAGACUUGAAGCAUGCUAAUGAGAUAAUCGGAACCACAACAGAGGAGUUGGUGCUCAAAGCCAACCAAGGUGAUAGCAGUUUUGGACGCUGAGGUGGAGGUGAAGCUCUUCUGAUAUUUGAGAAAUCUAAAGCAUCGAUGCACUAGGCUAGCUACCUGAUCAUUUGGCUCACGAGUUUCUUCAUGCAUGCCAAACUCAGGUGCCAACUUUGGCUUACUUUUUUCCUUGGGGGGUUUAAAAACUUCCCUAGACAUUAAAAUGAAUGUUUCAUACUUUAGGCACUAAAAAGAAACGAAAGGAAAACCAGAAAUCUCCAUGGCAGUCAAGUUUGAAUUUGAGCUUCAAAUACCAUACAGCAGUUUCUUCCGACCACCAUAGCAGUUAGGGUAGCCAGCACCGGAAGCAUGAUUCUCUUCAUAUUGUAUUCGAUGUAUGUGAGGUGGUUGAAUUGGCAAGACGGAAAUGGUUUCAACUUUUCCAAGUGUGCUUGAAUUCCCAGAUCUCAUUAAAUGAUUAUAAACAAAGGGGAUGAAAAUGUUUCAGCAAA